AUGAAUGGGGCUUAUUGCUGUGGGCCCUGCAAACCAAGAUACCGGCGACUAGUUGACUCCAUCUACCCAAACAACGCGAACGAUGGGCCAAACGGGGCCAACCUGAAUAAGCUGACGUUCUAUGCGUCAUCACAUCCGGAGAAGCUGGCCCGCAUCGGCGACUGCAUCCUUCUUCGUCUUUGCCGUGAUCUGGCGCGUCUGCGUUUCAACCAGGUACGCGUUGGAACUGAGGCAAUGGAUUCGCUGCUUCAAUGCUGUCACUCAUCACCGUCCCUGCCCCAAUUGACGGAACGGCAUUUGAAGAUGAUUGAGCAGCUUUUGGAGACCGGCAUCCCUGAUAUGGAGGAGCUGGGGACAAUGUCGUUUGUCAAAUUCUCCAAUAUUGAGGAAUCGGCGCCAAGUUAUCACCGGCAGUACGACUUCUUCAUCCAGCGCUUCUCCCAGAUGUGCUACGCUGUCGGCAGCAGCGCGGAGAAACGUCGUAUUUCGGGCGUAAAAGGGAUCCGCGGUCUCGUCUGGAAGUCGGUGACAGACGAUCUCCAUUCGAACAAGGCAAAUAUCUGGGAGAAAAACCACAUGGGGCUGAUCAUCCCGAGCUUGCUACUCAAUCUGCAUUCCGCCGAGCAAAAUACGAUGCCGAUCAAUAUCUUGAUGGAUGAGACAUAUGGCGAUAAUACGAAGGAGGAGAAUCUAAAAAUCCUGACGGAAACAUGUUUGCGUGAAUUGAUGGGCAAAGCAAGCUUUGGAAGCCUUCGCCUAGUGAUCGAGCCGGUUCUCCGUUACUUGGAUGACGAAGAGAAAUGGCACCCCCCGCCGACAUUUGCCAUUCAUGUAUUCCGCGUGAUUCUCUACUCGAUCCAGUCGAAGAGUAGCUACUAUGUCAUCCAAGAAUUGAUCGACCACCUGGAUACAAUGGCCACGUCUCAUGCCUCGGUUCGGAUUGGAAUCGCGACCGUGCUCUCUUCGAUUGUGUCAAUAGCUGGGACUAGCAUUGGGCCUUUACUUCUAUCCAUCUUCAACUCGCUGUUGAAACAUCUGCGAGCCUCGGUCCAAUUCCAACAAUUGCCCACUUGUCCAUCGCCAGAGGAUGAAAAGACGUAUCAAGAAACGUUGAUCAAUGCGAUGGGCGACUUUGCGAACGCGCUGCCGGACUACCAAAAGGUGGAGAUGAUGAUGUUCACGGUUGGCAACAUCCCCUCUCUUGCCGAUGAACGAAAUAAUCGGCAUGGCGACGUGUUCUUGCAGCAUGUGCUCGUCAAAACCUUGCUGAAGGUUGCCACCCGCUUCCGGACCAGCUAUCUGGCUACAAUCUUCACGGAUUCGUUCUUGGAUACGUUAGAGCGGCUGGCGCUUGUGCCGGACCCUCAAGUGCGGCUCAUUACGCAAAAGAUCUUCCAUACGCUGCUCGAUCGACACGACAAUCUCGUAAUCCUGAAGGACAUCACACUUGAGACGGAUAUCUCGGAUUUACAGCUGAAUGUGGAGAAAUGCUCAAGCCCUGAUCAGAUGUUUAUGCGGAAACAUGCUCACUCCAUUAUGCUCACCUUAUACCGCGCCGUGGAAUUGAUGCCGGAGAAUGAAGGGCUUGAACAGCACGCCAAUGCAAUCUCAAGCACCAUGUUGCUCUUCUGCAUUGAGACUGGCUAUGAUGAAAGCCUGGUCGAGUUAUUCCGUCUCUGUCUCGCGAUCCAGGAUAUGGUGCUGACCCGCGAACAGGAAUUUACAGUCCUGAAGCAAAAGACGGUACACGACAUCGCUGCCCUUUAUCUCUACGUGUGCGCCUCGUUACUCGGGAUCGAGUCGCUCUGCCAGCAUGUUCAAGAAGUCGUGGCUCAUCGGCGCGCCAGCAAUUUCCCGGUGAGAGCGCCAGAUGGACGUUCGGAGGACUAUGAAAAAGGUCUUUUCAAUCGGGACGUGAUUAGCGACUGCUUGAAGGGCUCUGGAAAGGAUACUUCCCGGCUCUUCGUCCCAUUCCUUGAGAGGACGGCCAGCGAUGGUAAAAUGGAGGAAUUGGAUGCUGACGAAUAUGAUGGGCGACGAGUGGAGAAGCACGAUUCGCAGUCGAUGGGUUCCUCAUUCGACCUCACGCCGCCCGAAUCGAUUCAGCCAAGUCGGCGCAAUACGGUCUUUUCCUUGGACAACACCUCUAGCAAUCACCCGGCACCCAGGAUUCCUCCAAAGUUACAAGUGCUUGUCGGCUUCCCGAUCACUACGAGAAGCCUGAUCGAGACUCUAAAGCCUCUCGAUCCUUCCCAGGAGAAGGAGAUUGAUCGCAAGCAAACACGGGAGCUUCUAACCUACCUACGGCGCACGCCCUUUGAGCAGCUUGCCGAGGAUAUCGGGCGGCAAAACGAGGAAGAGGAUUCCUCAAAGAUGCUGGCACGCAUACUCAACAAAAAACGUGAGAGGAUGCAGCUUCGCGGAGAACUUAAAGAGGAUCAUCCGGCUGCUGAUGAAGAUGAUGAUGAAUCCGUUCCGGAAAGAAGAAAAACCUUCUUUGACAUUGUGUAUCCCGAUUUUGUUUAC